AUGGACACUUCCAGCUUGCACCAUCCACGCAUCCGUAGCGGCUCCAUUUGCGACCAUGACUCGCAGUCCAUGACCAUCUUUGUCGUCGACAAGCGCAGCUCUUCGCAUUUGCUCUUUGGCGUGGGGCACACCGACACGGUGCACUCGCUCAAGUCCAAGAUUGCCGAUCGUCGUGGCAUUCCCUUUGAACAACAGCGUCUCGUCUUUGGAGGACAGCAACUCCAAGACGACGCCAAGUUGUCGGAUUACAAGAUUCGAGCACAAUCUUGUAUUCAUUUGGAUGGUAUGUAA